AUGCAGGAUUUGUCUCUGUCCCUGCUCAGUCGGGGGUGUGGUCGAUUCUCAUCCAGCAAAAGUACAGGGAGGCAUGAUGGACGGCUGGAUGUCUGCUUCACACCGCAGGAUUACCACAUCUGGAAGUCCCAGAACUCUCUCUUGCAACUAUCCAGCAAUGGCCGUCUGCUUGUGGAGGCAGAGUCAACCCUUCCAAAGACUUUCAGCACUCGCAGGGGACCGCUUCUGCUGUACUCCCAGGACUUCGUUACUAUAGAAACCAGUUGUCACUCAGAGACCAGAGACAGAAAGCAGCGGGUUGCUCAACGGUGCAAUCAACAAGUGGAUGAGCAGCUGAGCACCAUCAAGGAACUAACAGCAGCCAUUUUAAGCAACAGCAACAAUCAGUUCACCUCCUCCAGACUCCGUCCGCCAUAUUUUCCUCCUCUUCGUCCUUCUCUUGCUCCAGACCUUCGUCGUCCCAGUCAUUCGCCUAUUUGGACCACACAAGAACAGUCCGGUCCAGAGCUGUUUGUACAGCUGAAACCUCAAUGGCUCCCCGCAGAGAGAAACAUUGAGCAAGUUGAGAACCAACCUGAAGAUAAAGAGGAGGAGAAGGACAACAAGAAGAGAGUCAGGCUGGAUCUAUUCCUUCAGAUUCCCUGUACCUCCAUGACUCCACAGGUGGAAUCUCAGCCCUGGGAACACUACAUAACAAUAACCCCUGAAGGAGAACCGCAGGCACACUUCGACACGAGACUGCAGCGUAAUGAAAGUUCACAACAUACUGAAAUAAACCACCAUAGUAUGAGAGGGGAGCUUCAUCAUCCAAACAUGAACUGUGUCCGUGACAGCGCAAAGGAUCGCUGUUCCAUUCAAGGCAGUGAAGCAACCAGUGAUAAAGGCAGCUGUGGAAGAGGGUUGAGUGCGAACAGACAUGGGAGGAUAGGCCUCCUUCCUCCUCUGACAGAGGGACAUUCAGUUUAUCAUGGGCCCUGCAGGGUGAAGACAGACAAACCAAGAUGGGAGGGCCCCAGCAGUGAUGAACACCAUGCACAGCGCCUACCUCCCAUCGCAGACAGUCGUGCUGUUGUCCAGGCUAUCGCAGCUCAGACCCAGGGAGAAGCCCAACCAAAGGCAGAAAGAGCCGCGAUUCAAUCCCAAGAAAGUCUGAAUAAGCUCCAUCAGCAGCCUCUGUUUCUUCCUACGGUGUUUCCUGGGAAGGAAGGAGAGAUACAUGGCCAACAAAGAAGAUGGGGAGAAAAAAAAGAGAGACGAUGCUUUAAAAAAGAGACAGUAGGGAAGGGAGGAGGAGGAGCAAGGCUACCCUCUCAGAAAGGCUCUCUGAUUCUGCUGGAGCCAGGAGAAGAGCUUCCUCCUCCAGUAGGAGUGCUGGGUUGUGUUGCAGGAUGGAAAGGCCCAGGCAAGCAGAGCUCUUUGGCCUUCUUACAGAACCAACUGGUUGGCCUCCAGGAUCCAGGAUCCAGCGAUGACAACAGUGGUUUGGUUAGGGGCAUUCUUCCUCUGGAACUGAGAGAUUUGCAGACGGUUGGCAGCCUGAUCCUGGGUCCUGAUGGGGAGAUCAUCCAGCUGUCGGUGUACCACAACAACCAGGACCCAUCUCAGGGUGAUGGUGACCAACAUGAGCAAGCUCUCCAGGUUUUGUCUGCAGAUGGAGAGAAGUUACCCUGGGUCAUUGUCCUGCAGCCUGAACAUACACACACAGAGGGAGGGAUGGAGCCAAACACAGACCCUGUGGGUGACAUCCAGCAGCAUCAGUCUAGACACAAGCUCUUAGAUCUUCACGGAUCGACAGAGAGCCACACACCCAGCAGCCACACAGACAAAGGUAAAUUCUGCUUGGCUGUGACCAAGAAGAACACAAAGACUGCAGAGGCAGUGACAAAAACAUGGAAGGCGCCACAGAAGGAUGCUAAAAACAAUGUUAGGAUGCCUCCACUGAAGGAACAGGUAGAGAAGGAGGGGCCAAAAGGGGGCAACGAUGAGGCAGUUGAGGAAGACAAAGAGGGAGACCUUGGCAGUGCAGUACAGACCAGUCAUUUGUCUGGAUCACAUCAGCCAGGGUUGCUGCAGUUUAAAGAUGAUCUAUUGUCCAGCGAACAGAACAUCAAAAAAUGGAAGAAUACUAAGAGGGAGGAUGCUGAGGAAGCUACAAUAACCACAGGGACAACAAAUAUGAAAACAGUGACAAGUGCCGAAUCAGAUGGACAUAAAACACUGAGGAGAAGAAAGGAAGGAAGAUGGCUGAGACAAAAGACUGAAAAUGGUGCUCAAUCAACUAGGAGCCAGAAACAAGAGGAGAGUGCCAACAGUGGAUCUGCAGAGACUCAGGACCAGUCUGCUCUCCCUUCUAAAAACAAAUUGACAGACAGAGACCGAGAGAGAGGAGUGAAGAUGAAUGGGGAGAGAGACGAGCGAGGAGAAGUGCUUAGACAGAAGGAAGAGUCUGCUGGGAGGAGGAGGAGGAGAGGACGGCUGAAACAUAAAGAGGUAGUUGUUGGGAACCAUGAGGAACCCCCCGAGAAAAUGCAGGUGGAGAUUAACCAGGACGUGGAAAAGGGGUCUCACCUAAAAUCCACCACGAGGCCCUCUGCAGCACAAAGACACAAUAACAAUACAAAAACAAAUUCAGAGAAAGACACGGACACAGACUGUCUUUCCAACAACAAGGUCAAACACAGCAGUGUUGGAUCAGUGCGGUCAAUUAGGUCCACUGCCUCUGCUUCCCAGUUGAGUCCUAGGAACCUGAGGAGGUCUGCUGCCUCCUCCUGCGAGGGGGCCGUGCCAGCCAGCCCAGCGGGACUCGUUUUAUCACGUAGCUGCCUGUCAUCAUGUUCAACUGUCAUGGUAAUGGAGGAAAAGCUGAUGCUGAACCCUGUAAAGUCAGAGUCCUUCAGGCCCAGAAAGAGUCAGGUGGAGGAGGAGGCUACAGCUUUACAGCGGGCCCAGCGAGCAGAAAGACAGUUGCAGGAGGUGAAGAGGAAGAGGAGGGAGCAGGAGGAAGAGGAGAGGGAGCAUACAGAGGAGAGGAUGAAGAACGAGCUUGAGGAGGAGAGGAUGAAAAGAGCUGAGGAGUUGAGACUGAAGCGGCUAGUGGAGGAGGAGGAGAGAAGGGGCCGUGAGGAAGAGGAGCAGGAGCGAGCAAGACGGGAACAGGCACAAAGAGAACGAGAGAGGAGGAGGAAGGAGGAGAGGAGGCAGCAAAUGGAGCGGCUCCAGAGAAUGAGAGAAAAGGAAGAACAGAGGAGGAAAGAUGAACUAGAGUGUCUGCGCCUGGAAGAGGAGAGGAGGCAGGAGGAGGAGAGCAAGAAGCUACAGGAGAUGGAUGAGAGUGAGAGGAUGGAGUAUCUCAGUAGGAAGAAGCAGGAGGAUGAUGACAGGAGGCACAAAGAAGAGGAGCGUAAGAGGGCAGAAGAGGAGGCCGCCUUGCAGGCCGCAGAGGAGGCCAGGCUGCAGGCUGAGACGCUUGCUAGACAGAUGGCAUUGCUGCAGCAACAGCUGGCCUUUAAAAGGGGUCUCGUGUUGGAGGCUGGAGGUCUGGAGAAAACCCAGGCUAUCUCCAGACCAUGGAUCACCUCUUAUUUCACUUUGUUACAGCUGCUGGGUUUAAAUCCAACUAAAGCUUAA